CUCAGUGAGCGCGCGCCACACUUCCUCAAUCGACGGAAUCACAGAGCGAAAAAAAAACGAGAGGAAGAGAAAGAGCAACUUUCAUCGUGCUGCGGUGAAAAAGAGCAAGCACCGCGUUUGCAGGGCGAGGUGACCUUGGUACUCGUCACCAUGGCUCCCUUUUUGAGGAUUGCCUUUAAUGCAUAUGACUUAGGGCUCUUGCCUCCCCUGGCCGACUCGCCCUUCUGUGCAAUCAAGAUGAAGGAGGCUUUGACAACUGAACGAGGUAAAACCCUGGUUCAGAGGAAACCCACAAUGUACCCUGCAUGGAAGGCUUGUUUCGAUGCCCACAUCUAUGAGGGUCGUGUGCUGGAGGUACUGCUGAUGAAGACAGCAGAGGAGCCCCUUGCUGAGGUCACUGUUGGAGUCUCUGUCCUUGCUGAACGCUGCAAGAAAGCCAAUGGGCGUGCUGAGUUCUGGGUGGAUCUUCACCCCUCAGGGAAAGUGAUGAUGGCUGUGCAGUAUUUCCUGGAGGGAGGAGAUACAGAAAAUAAACAGGCUGCAAAGGAAGAAGAGGCUCCUACCUUGAACCGCAGAAGAGGAGCCAUUAAGCAGGCAAAGAUCCACUUCAUUAAGAACCAUGAGUUCAUCGCCACAUUCUUCAGACAGCCCACUUUCUGCUCCGUUUGCAGAGAAUUUGUUUGGGGGCUCAACAAACAAGGCUAUAAGUGCAGACAAUGCAAUGCAGCAAUCCACAAGAAAUGUAUAGACAAAAUCAUUGGCAGAUGUACAGGUACUGCUGCCAACAGUCGGGAUACUGUGUUCCAGAAGGAGCGCUUUAAAAUUGACAUGCCACAUCGUUUCAAGACCAACAACUACAUGAGUCCCACCUUUUGUGACCAUUGUGGAAGUCUGCUGUGGGGCCUAGUCAAACAAGGACUCAAGUGUGAAGACUGUGCCAUGAAUGUUCAUCACAAGUGUCAAGAUAAAGUGGCGAACCUGUGUGGUAUCAACCAGAAACUACUGGCUGAGGCACUCACACAAGUCAGCCAGAAACCAUCUACCCGCCGUUCAGACCCAAACCUACCUAAUCUGCCAGAUAUUGGAAUCUAUGAUGAAGUGAACAAGCUUGCUGGACUGGAUAUCAAUGAAGGAUCUCCUUAUGGCAGACUGUGGGAGGGGUCCAGCCCACGACCUCAGUCUCGUAUUACCCAUCUAACACGCAUCAAUGUGGACAACUUCAUCUUUCACAAGGUCUUAGGAAAAGGCAGCUUUGGCAAGGUUCUCCUGGCAGAGCUGAAGGGUCAAGGCGAGUACUUUGCAGUGAAGGCUUUAAAGAAAGAUGUGGUUCUGAUGGAUGAUGAUGUGGAGUGCACAAUGAUAGAGAAGAGAGUGUUGGCUUUAGCCUGGGAAAACCCUUUCCUCACACAUCUCUACUCCACCUUCCAGACAAAGGAGCAUCUCUUCUUUGUGAUGGAGUAUCUGAAUGGAGGAGACUUGAUGUUUCAUAUUCAGGAGAAAGGACGCUUUGAACCCUUCAGAGCCAUGUUCUACUCUGCAGAGAUCAUUUUGGGUCUUCAGUUCUUACAUUCCAAAGGGAUCAUUUACAGAGAUUUGAAGUUAGACAAUGUGAUGCUGGAUCACGAGGGACACAUAAAGAUUGCUGACUUUGGCAUGUGCAAGGAGAACGUGUUUGGGGAGAAUCGUGCCACAACUUUCUGCGGUACUCCUGACUAUAUCGCCCCAGAGAUCCUGCUUGGUCAGAAAUACUCCUUUUCUGUUGACUGGUGGUCAUUUGGAGUGUUGCUGUAUGAAAUGCUUGUCGGCCAGUCACCUUUUCACGGAGAUGAUGAGGAUGAGUUGUUUGAGUCUAUCCGUAUGGACACUCCCCACUAUCCUCGCUGGAUCAACAAGGAGGCCAAGGACCUGCUUGAACGGUUGUUUGAGAGAGACCCCACUCGCAGGCUCGGAGUUGUGGGUAAUAUCUGUUUACAUCCUUUUUUCAAAUCUAUCAACUGGCAGGCGUUGGAGAAGAGAGAGGUUGAACCCCCCUUCAAACCAAAAGUGAAAGCACCAAAUGAUUGCAGUAACUUUGACCGGGAGUUCCUGAGUGAGAAGCCUCGCCUCUCUUACAGCGAUAAGAACUUCAUAGACUCCAUGGAUCAGUCAGCAUUCUCUGGCUUUUCAUUCAUCAACCCUACAAUGGAGCAUCUUUUAGAAAAGUGACUGUAUUAGUGAGGCAAAGUUAUGCACAGCCCCCUUAUUCUGUCACCUCAUUGGAAUGGCAAAUAGUUGAGCUGUUCUAAAAUCAGUAUUUUGUCUGACCUCUUCAUUAGCACAUAUUAUUGCUCUGGGGCAUGUACAGUGCUUAACAAAUUUAUUAGACCACCCGUCAUGUUUGUCUCAGAGACCAUCCAGCAUCAUGAAGUGCUUUAAUGCAGACUCUUUCAUUUUCAGUCAGC